AUGGCCCCUCGUCAACAGAGCAUUGGAAGAUUCUUUGGAUCUGCAAUGUCAGUUGACCUGUUGUUAUCUCAGACUGUCAAUAAGCUGCCUAAAAACCAAAAAUCAGAAUCUCUUACCGAUGAACAAAACAAAAGAGAAGCUUUCCAAGUAUCUCAGCAAGAGUCCGAAAAAGAUCAGGAACAGAAGCCGGAUACGGAUCCAAGCGAAAGUGAGCCUGAAAAGGACAAAACAGAAGAAAUAAAAGAAGCAUCGGAGUUGAUAAAGUUGUCAGAGAAAGAACAUGAAAAACAUGUGGGAGAGAAGCUUUCAGCCAAAAUCCCCUACUCUAAGUUGACAGAUGUUUUGGACAAGAUUGAAGCUGAAUCUUCAAGAUUGAAAAUAACAGCCAUCGUCUCUGAAUUUUUCCUAGAAAUCUUGAAGCAAUCGACUGUGGAUAAACUUGUAAAGAUUGUGUAUUUGUUCAUCAACAGAUUGGGGCCAGACUAUGAGCCAGACUUAGAGCUUGGUCUUGGUGAAACUAUCUUGAUCAAGGCUAUCAGCGAAUGUUACGGAAGACCUAGCACCAAAAUCAAGAAGGAUUAUCAAGAAGUUGGUGAUCUUGGCUUAGUCGCUCAGAAAUCAAGAUCUGGACAACCCACCAUGUUCAAACCAGCACCCUUAGAUGUAGACCAGGUGUUUGAAAACCUUACAAAGAUUGCCAAAUCCACUGGUAAGGAUUCGCAGGCUAAGAAGAUCUCGUUAAUCAACAAAAUGUUGACCGCAUGUAAUGCCAAAUCUUCUGAAGCUAAAUUCUUGAUUAGAUCUUUGGAGGGUAAGUUGAGAAUCGGUCUUGCCGAAAAGACAGUAUUGAUUGGUCUUGCUCAAGCUUUUGUCAACUAUGAAGCAAAAGACUCCAAGAGAAUAAACCCAGAAAAGUUGACUCAAUCUGAAGAUGUAGUUAGAGAAGCAUUUUCUCAAAUCCCAAACUACGAGAUAUUGAUAAGAAACGCAUACGAGUAUGGCAUUUUCAACUUGUUAGACCAUUGCCAAUUAACGCCUGGAAUACCUCUCAAGCCGAUGUUGGCCAAGCCUACAAAGUCUAUUAGUGAAGUCUUGGAUCGGUUCCAAGGAGAGGAGUUCACAUGUGAGUAUAAGUACGAUGGCGAAAGAGCUCAGGUACAUCUUUUACAUGAUGGCACUGUAAGAAUCUACUCUAGAAAUUCUGAGGAUAUGUCCGAAAGAUACCCUGAUUUGAUUUCUAUCAUGAAAGAUUUCAUAAAGACACAAGAGGGUCAGGCUCCAUCCAUGAUAUUGGACUGUGAGGCUGUGGCCUGGGACAGAGUUGCUAACAAGAUUUUGCCCUUCCAAGUAUUAUCUACACGUAAACGUAAAGAUGUUGAUGAAAAAGAUAUUACUGUACAUAUUUGUUUGUUUGCAUUCGACAUUCUUUAUUUUGAUAAUGAACCUUUAAUUACAAAGUCCUUGAAAGAAAGAAGACAGGUCAUGGAAGAGAACUUGACGCCAAUGGACGGCAAGUUCCAAUUUGCAACUGCAAAAAACUCCUCUAACCUUGAUGAAUUACAGCAAUUCCUUGAUCAAUCUGUUAAAGACUCUUGUGAAGGCUUAAUGGUGAAGAUGCUUAAUGGUAAGGAAUCUUACUACGAGCCUUCCAAGAGAUCUAGAAAUUGGUUGAAACUUAAGAAAGAUUACUUGGCGGGAGUUGGCGAUUCGUUAGAUUUGGUCGUUAUUGGAGCUUAUAUUGGAAGAGGCAAACGUACUGGAAAUUAUGGUGGUUUCUUAUUGGCUUCUUAUAACCAGGAUACAGGCGAAUAUGAAACGACUUGUAAGAUUGGUACUGGGUUUUCUGACGAAGAUUUGGCUUCUCUUCAUACGAAAUUGAAGCCUACUGAAAUUUCUGUCCCCAAGCCGUAUUAUGUUUAUGAUACCACGAAUUCCAACGCAAAGCCUGAUGUCUGGUUCGAACCAACCACGAUCUUUGAGGUCUUGACAGCAGACUUGUCGUUGAGUCCAAUCUACAAGGCAGCUCAUCAGGAAUACGGAAAGGGUAUUUCCUUGAGAUUUCCUCGUUUCCUUAGAAUCAGAGACGAUAAAGGCAUUGAGGACGCUACAAGUUCAACACAAGUGUCUGAAUUCUACGAGAGGCAGGCCAGUGUUAAUUAG